AUGGCUGUGUUGGAAACUAAAGUGGGGAAUGAUAGAUUAAGUAUAGUGAAUGGUAAUAUUUGGAGAGAGUGGGAGAAUGCUAAUAACAAUGAUAGUCACCCUAAUGGGAGAAUUUGGGUAGGAUGGAAUAAGGAUACUAUCAGUUUUAAUGUCAUUGAGAAAAAUCCGCAAUUCAUACAUGGGGAGGCUUGGUUAGUAGAGGAGAACUCUCUUAUAGCCUUAACUAUAGUCUAUGGGUAUAAUCAACCUAUGGAAAGGAGAAGAUUAUGGAAGGAAAUUGAUAGGCUCUCCAAUGGGAUGGGGAACAAACCGUGGCUAAUAAUGGGGGACUUUAAUGCAAUUAGGGGUCCAAGUGAGAAAAUUGGAGGAGUAUCAUGGGGAGAUACUUAUAGUGAUGACCUAAAUAAGUGUUGUGAGGAAGCAAAUCUAGAAGAUCUUCGGUACAUGGGAAACCAACUCACUUGGAGUAAUUGUAGUGAGGGACAUAGGAGGAUAGCAUGCAAGUUGGAUAGAGCCCUUGUAAAUGAACAAUGGAAAGAUGUUUUUGAGGAAUCCUUUGCCAUGUUUCUUAACCAUUCCAUCUCUGACCAUUCCCCAUGCAUUGUGACGUGUGGAGGUGGUGUAAGGAGGAGGAGGGUCCCUUUCAAGUUCUAUAACAUGUGGGCAACACAUGAUAAUUUCCUUAAUAUUGUGAGGGAGUCUUGGCAAGAGGAUGUAGAAGGCAGCCCUAUGUAUAAGCUCAUCAGCAAGCUCAAGAGAUUAAAAAAGGUUCUUAGGAGGCUAAAUAAGGAGGGGUUUUGGAGAAUUUCAGAGAAGGUGGAAGAAGCAAAAGGAAGGCUGGAGGAUGUUCAAAAUAGACUUCAAAGCAGCCCACUAAAUGAAGAUUUAGCUAAGGAAGAAAAGAUUGUGGGGAAUGAUGUGAUCAAGGCAGUCCAGCACUUUUUCUCUUCAGGCCAUCUUCUCAAGGAGGUAAAUUGCACUAUCUUAGCUCUUGUCCCUAAGGUUGCUAACGCUUCAAGGUGUAUGGAGUAUAGGCCGAUAGCUUGCUGCAAUAUAAUCUAUAAGUGCAUUUCAAAGAUCCUUGCAAAUCGUCUCAAAGCCAUACUUCCGAGUUUCAUUGAUAAAGCCCAAGGAGCAUUUGUGGGAGGAAGGUGCAUUGGAGAGAAUAUUAUGUUGUGUCAAGACCUAAUGCAUAAUUACCAUAAAGUGAGCAAAGACAAGAAGUGUGCCAUGAAGAUUGACUUAUUGAAGGCAUAUGAUACGGUUCAUUGGGACUUCAUCCUUGCUAUUCUUGAAGCAAUUGGUUUUCAUGGAAAAUUCAUUGGAUGGAUUAGGAGCUGCAUCUCAACCCCCUCUUUUUCUUUGGGAAUAAAUGGUGAAUUGGUGGGAUUUUUCAAGAGUUCUCAUGGGCUUAGGGCAGAUGUUGAAUCGCUUACUCUCAUGAAAAGUUUCCUAAAGCUUUUUCAUGAAUGGUCCGGUCUCCAAAUGAAUUGCAACAAAAGCAAUAUAUACAUCUCCGGAUUACCCCAAGAGGAGAAGAUCAAGCUUGCGGACUCUAUCAAUGUGGAGGAAAUAGAUGGAAUAUUGAGGGAUUUUCUUUGGAAUGGUGCUGCCAUGGAUGGAAGAAAAGCAAAAGUUGCUUGGGAAGAGGUUUGUGUGCCUAAAGAGGAGGGAGGUCUCGGCAUUAUGAGGUGCAAAGUGUGGAACAAGGCUGCCAUAACAAAGAAUAUGUGGAAGAUCCUCCUUGAUAAGGGGAACUCACUAUGGGUGGAAUGGAUUAAGCAUGCUUUAGUAAAAGAAGUCAUUGAUGAGCAUGGGUGGAAAUGGCCAGCAGCAAAUUCUUGCCACCUCAUGGAGAUAAAGGGAGCUCUCCCUUGCUGCCCAAUGAGAGGGGAGGAUGCUCUAACAUGGGCUCCUAAUUCUAAUGGCAAGUUCACAAUCAAAUCGGCAUGGGAGAUUAUGAGGAGUAGGAAGGACAAGGUUGAAUGGUGUGAGCGUUUGUUGUCUCGGCAUAACCUAGGGGCUUGUCCAAGGGUUCAAGAGCAAUGGGGUGGUAGCGGGGAGGAUAGUAGUAUGGCUCAUUAUGUCGCAUGA